AUGGCAUUGCUGUGUGGCCUUGGGAGCGGCGGCAUGGAGGCUCUCACCACUCAGCUGGGGCCGGGGCGCGAGGGCAGCUCCUCUCCAAACUCCAAACAGGAGCUGCAGCCUUACUCGGGCUCCAGCGCCCUCAAACCUAACCAGGUGGGAGAGACGUCKCUGUAUGGGGUGCCUAUCGUGUCUCUUGUCAUCGACGGCCAGGAGCGCCUAUGCCUGGCGCAAAUCUCCAAUACUCUUCUCAAGAACUACAGCUACAAUGAGAUCCACAACCGACGAGUGGCUCUGGGUAUCACGUGCGUGCAGUGUACGCCGGUGCAGCUGGAGAUUCUACGUCGGGCCGGGGCCAUGCCCAUCUCCUCACGCCGCUGCGGCAUGAUCACCAAGCGCGAGGCCGAACGCCUGUGCAAGUCAUUCCUGGGAGAGCACAAACCACCCAAACUGCCCGAGAACUUCGCCUUUGAUGUGGUGCAUGAGUGUGCUUGGGGCUCGCGUGGCAGCUUCAUCCCUGCGCGUUACAACAGUUCGCGUGCCAAGUGCAUCAAGUGCGGCUACUGCAGCAUGUACUUCUCUCCUAACAAGUUCAUCUUCCACUCACACCGCACACCCGAUGCCAAGUAUACUCAGCCCGACGCCGCCAACUUCAACUCGUGGCGUCGUCACCUCAAACUCAGUGACAAGUCGGCCACAGACGAACUGAGCCACGCUUGGGAGGACGUCAAGGCUAUGUUUAAUGGUGGCACGCGCAAGCGGACUUUCUCGCUGCAAGGAGGUGGCGGAGGAGGCGCUAAUGGCGGGUCCGGUGGUCAAGGGAAGGGUGGAACUGGUGGCGGUGGUGGCGGGGGUCCAGGGUGCGCCGAAAUGGCCCCAGGCCCACCGCCCCACAAAAGCCUGCGCUGUGGUGAAGAUGAGGCGGCCGGGCCUCCGGGUCCACCUCCUCCCCACCCACAGCGCGGACUUGGCCUGGCGGGAGGAGCUAGCGGCCCGACAGGCCCUGGAGGGCCUGGUGGCAGCGCAGGCGUACGUAGCUACCCCGUGAUCCCGGUGCCCAGCAAAGGCUUUGGCCUCUUGCAAAAGCUGCCCCCGCCACUUUUCCCUCAUCCUUAUGGUUUUCCCACGGCCUUCGGCCUAUGCCCCAAAAAGGACGACCCAGUAUUGGGUGCAGGUGAACCCAAGGGCGGCCCUGGCACUGGGAGCGGCGGCGGCGCGGGCACUGGUGCCGGUGCAGGUGGCCCGGGAACCGGCCACUUGCCCCCAGGAGCAGGGGCUGGCCCGGGCGGCGGCACCAUGUUCUGGGGGCAUCAACCUUCUGGGGCAGCGAAGGAUGCAGCGGCGGUAGCUGCAGCGGCGGCCGCCGCCACUGUGUACCCGACGUUCCCCAUGUUCUGGCCAGCUGCAGGCAGUCUCCCGGUGCCGCCCUACCCCGCCGCGCAGAGCCAAGCAAAGGCCGUAGCAGCUGCUGUAGCAGCGGCGGCGGCGGCAGCGGCGGCGGCUGCUGGUGGCGGCGGCCCAGAGCCCCUGGACGGUGCUGAGUCAGCCAAGGACAGCGGCCUUGGAGCUGAGGAGCGCUGCCCAAGUGCAUUGUCCCGCGGGCCCCUGGACGAGGACGGCGCUGAUGAGGCACUACCACCACCCCUGCCCCCCCUGGCCCCUCCACCGCCUCCGCCAGCACGCAAGGGCUCUUACGUGUCUGCCUUCCGACCUGUGGUCAAGGACACCGAGAGUAUUGCCAAGCUGUAUGGUAGCGCCCGAGAGGUGUACAGCGCGGGGCCUGCUCGUGGGCCAGGGCCAGGCGCGGGGACAGGCGGCGGCUACGUGAGCCCAGAUUUUCUGAGCGAGGGCAGCUCCAGCUACCAUUCCGCCUCGCCCGACGUGGACACCGCGGACGAGCCGGAGGUGGACGUGGAAUCCAACCGCUUUCCCGAGGAUGAGGGUGCCCAGGACGAGACCGAACCUAGUGCRCUCAGCGCGGGAGGUGGCCCAGACGGGGACCAGCCCACUGGGCCCCUCUCUGCUGCUUCCUCAGGCGCAGAUGGCCCCACAGACUCUCCUGAUGGCGGUAGCCCUCGGCCCCGGCGCCGCCUCGGGCCUCCCCCAGCUGGCGGGUCUGCAUUUGGUGACCUGGCAGCGGAUGAUGUGGUGCGGAGACCUGAGAGAAGCCCGCCAAGCGGCGGCUACGAGCUUCGAGAGUCUUGCGGGCCCCUGGGAGGCCCCACGACGGCCAAGGUGUACGCACCGGAGAGGGAUGAGCACGUGAAGAGCGCCGCGGCGGCGCUGGGGCCCACUGCCUCCUACCUCUGUACCCCCGAGGCCCACGAACCAGAUAAGGAAGACAAUCACUCGACCGCCGAUGAUUUGGAAACGAGGAAAUCCUAUUCAGACCAAAGGAGUAUCUCCCAGCCAAGUCCCACAAAUACUGACCGAGGUGAAGAAGGGCUUACCUUGGAUGUCACAGGAACUCAGCUGGUGGAGAAAGAUAUUGAAAACCUGGCCAGAGAAGAAUUGCAAAAAUUGCUCCUGGAGCAAAUGGAUCUCCGAAAGAAGCUGGAGCGAGAAUUUCAGAGUCUCAAAGAUAAUUUUCAGGAUCAAAUGAAGAGGGAAUUGGCUUAUCGAGAAGAAAUGGUGCAACAGCUGCAAAUUGUCAGAGAUACUCUAUGUAACGAACUUGACCAGGAGCGGAAGGCGCGCUACGCCAUACAGCAGAAAUUAAAAGAAGCCCACGACGCCCUGCACCACUUCUCCUGCAAGAUGCUGACGCCCCGCCACUGCACUGGCAACUGCUCCUUCAAGCCCCCACUGUUACCCUAG